AUGAACAAAACUAAACAGUGCAUUGCAAAGAAGCAUUUUUUAUUUCCAGACAAUGGGAUGAGGGUUGGCUCAGAGUACCAAGCAGUCAUUCCUGAGUUCCUUCCAAGUUGGUUUCUCGCUAGUUCCAAGCCAGAGACAAAACACGAAGCCAUGCUUGUUUGGUCGCCUAAUUAUGAUCAUUUCGCCGAUGCUCAAAUUGAAGAGUACACGAACGAAGCGAAAGAGAAGCAUGGCUACAACGCUGAACAGGCACUGGGCAUGCUGUUCUGGCACAAGCACAACAUCGAGAAGGCCCUGAAGGAUCUCAGCAACUUCACCCCCUUCCCAGAAGAUUGGUCACCCGAAGAUAAAGUACUCUUUGAACAGGCUUUCAGUUUCCAUGGCAAAACUUUUCAUAAGAUCAAAUCUAUGCUGCCUGACAAGACGGUAGGCAGCCUUGUGAAGUACUACUACUCAUGGAAGAAAUCUCGUUUGAGGAUGAGUCUCAUUGACAAGCAGGUUCACAAGGUCAACAACAAACGAACAUACAGGUUGGCUAGCUGGUUGGAUGAUUCAAAAUCAGCAGCAACGAACGCAACCUCGACCGGCAACAAGCAACAAGCUGCUAACAACAGCAACAACAACACAAACACAGGCAAGGCGGGGUUUGGUUCGCGUAAAAUUUUGCACGAUCCCCACUUGAGAAACAAGAGACGCCCCCCUCGAGGCAUCCACCUGAACGAGGCUGCACUGGAACUCAUCGCAUUGGGACCGCCCAACCAGGCAGACCUCGUGCUCAGAAAACUGGACGUCGAGUUUGUUAAUCUGAGGAAACAGGUGCAAAGGAACAAGCAGUUCAUAAGUGCCUUGAAGGAGAAGACCAAAGGAGGCCUUGCAAACUACCGCUUGUCAGAGAGCUCAACAAAGCCUGUUGGAAAGUGGACCAAUGAGGAGUUGUUGCUAGCAGUCCAAGGAGUCCGCAAGUAUGGGAAGAACUUCAAAGCGAUAGCGGAAGUGAUCGGCAACAAGUCUGAAACGUUGGUUCGAAGUUUUUUCAUCAACUACAGGCGCAGGUACAACUUGGAUGAUGUGCUGGCAGAGUACGAGCGGGAGAAGACCAAAAUGGAGGGGGCGGUGAAACGAGUGGAUGAGGUCGGUGCAUGGUGUGUGUGCGUCAUCACAAUUGUUGUCUUUCAUUUCGUCAGCAUGCUUCAUUGCUAUCAUUUGGCUUCACAAACCCUCCCGAGCAUUUGCGUGAAUGGUGCAGCUGACAUUUGCAACGCCGAUACAUUGCUCAUGCUGUUGCCAUUGUAG